AUGUACUCUGCAUCUCAUCCUUCUCCUCGCCAUGUACUUUGCAUCUCAUCCUUCUCCUCGCCAUGUAAUUUGCCUCUCAUCUUUCUCCUCGCCGUGUACACUGCAUCUCAUCCUUCUCCUCGCGAUGUAAUUUGCAUCUCAUCCUUCUCCUCGCCAUGUUAUUUGCAUCUCAUCUUUCUCCUCGCCAUGCAAUUUGCAUCUCAUCUAUCUCCUCGCCGUGUACACUGCAUCUCAUCCUUCUCCUCGCCAUGUAAUUUCAUCUCAUCCUUCUCCUUGCCGUGUGAUCUGCGUCUCAUCCAUCUCCUCGCCGUAUACUCUGCAUCUCAUCCUUCUCCUCGACAUUUAAUUUGCAUCUCAUCCUUCUCCUCGCCAUCAACUCAUCCUUCUCCUCGUUAUGUAAUUUGCAUCUCAUCCUUCUCCUCGCCAUGUAAUUUGCAUCUCAUCCUUCUCCUCGCCGUGUACUCUGCAUCUCAUCCUUCUCCUCGCCGUGUGAUCUGCAUCUCAUCCUUCUCCUCGUCGUGUACUCUCCAUCUCAUCCUUCUCCUCGCCGUGUACUCUGCAUCUCCUCCUUCUCCUUGCCAUGUAAUUUGCAUCUCAUCCUUCUCCUCGCCGUGUAAUUUGACUCUCAUCCUUCUCCUCGCCGUCUGUCCUUCCCUCGUUAUAUACUCUUCCUCUUAUCCUUCUUAUGUUCUCUACGUCUUCUCACCCACUCUUUAUGGACAUUACAUCGUAUAUCAUCUGCUUCUCAUCCUUCACUCGUUCUCAUCCUUUUCUCUUAUCUUCUUUAUUCCUUCUUUUUCCUUCUCUACUUUUGUUCUCAUUCACUUUUAA